AUUUUUCUUCUUUGGAAGAACCAAAAAAGAAAGACAUAUAAAUUACACGCCAAUCCAAGCACGCCCUAGGGUUUUCUCCUUCCUCUCUCUUUUUCUUCUUCUUCUUCUUCUUCAGUACUCUUAGCAAAUAAAAACCCAAACUCUAAAUCCCUGCUUCAGCAUUGUUUUUUUAUAAUAAAAGCUGUUUUUUAUUUGAUCUCUUCACCUUUAAGGCAAACUCUCAAUAGCCUGAAGCUCAAAACCCCAAUUUUCUCAACCUCUUCAAGAAACCACAGUUUGAAUCAAAAAAGGUUUUUAACUUUGCUCUUGGAAUCAUCGACAAUACAAGGAAAGAACAGUUAAAAGGGGAAAAAUAUUCAAUAUGGAUGAUGUAGAGAAGGCAAUAAUGAUUAGCUUUGAUGAAUCAGGUGCCAUAGAUUCAGAGUUAAAAUCCCAAGCAGUGAACUUUUGUCAGAAAAUUAAAGAAAACCCAUCAAUAUGUAGCCUUUGUAUUGAGAAGCUGUGUUUUUGCAAGCUCGUUCAGGUUCAGUUUUGGUGUUUACAAGCUUUACAAGAGGUUAUUAGGGUGAAAUAUGGGUCCAUGAGCUUGGAAGAGAAGAACUUCAUCCGAAAGUCGAUUUUUUCAAUGGCAUGCUUGGAAGGUAUAGAUGAUAAGAUGUGUGCUGUUUUGGAUAGUCCUGCAUUUAUAAAGAAUAAGCUCUCUCAGGUUCUGGUUACUUUGAUUUACUUUGAGUACCCUUUGAUUUGGUCCUCGGUUUUUGUUGAUUUUCUACCUCAUUUGAGUAAAGGGGCUGUGGUGAUCGAUAUGUUUUCUCGGAUUUUGAAUGCCUUAGAUGAUGAAUUGGUUAGUAUGGAUUAUCCACGAACACCUGAGGAAUUGUCAGUUGCAGGAAGGGUUAAGGAUGCAAUGAGGAGCCAGUGUGUGCCUCAGAUUGUUAGGGCAUGGUAUGACAUUGUGUCUAUGUAUAAGAAUUCCGAUCCUGAAAUAUGUGCUACUGUUUUGGAUUGUAUGAGGAGGUAUGUUUCCUGGAUUGACAUCGGGUUGAUUGUGAAUGAUGCAUUUAUUCCACUUUUGUUCGAGUUGAUUUUGGUUGAUGGUUUGUCGGAACAGCUCCGUGCCGCUGCUGCAGGAUGUGUUUUGGCAGUAGUUUCUAAGCGAAUGGAUGCACAGUCAAAAUUAUCCCUAUUGAAGAGUCUUCAAAUAAGUCGAGUUUUUAGCUUAGUAUCUGAUGAUAAUGAUUCCGAGUUGGUUUCAGCAGUAGCAGCCUUAAUUGCAGGGUAUGCAGUGGAGGUUUUAGAGUGUUCCAAAAGGGUGAACUCAGAAGAUGCUAAGGUGGUUUCCACGGAGCUUUUAGAUGAAGUUUUGCCAACAGUUUUCUAUGUAAUGCAGAAUUGUGAGAUGGAUGCAGCGUUUAGUAUUGUCCAAUUUCUUUCAUGUUAUGUUGCUACCAUGAAAACACUUUCUCCUUUGCAAGAGAAUAAAAUGCUUCACAUAAGUCAGAUACUGGAAGUGAUUCGUAUUCAGAUUCGUUAUGAUCCCACAUACCGCAACAAUCUCGAUAUAUUGGAUAACAUUGGGGUGGAAGAAGAAAACAGGAUGUCGGAAUUCAGAAGGGAUCUAUUUGUGUUGCUACGAAAUGUGGGUCGAGUAGCACCUGAAGUCACUCGGAUCUUCAUCAGAAAUUCAUUAGCUAAUGCUAUUACAUCUUCAUCAGACAAGAAUGUCGAGGAGGUAGAAGCUGCCCUUUCCCUUUUGUAUGCUCUUGGAGAGUCUAUGAAUGACGAGGCGAUGAAGGUGGGGAAUGGACUAUUAAGUGAACUGGUGACAAAUCUUUUGUCAACAAGAUUUCCUUGUCAUUCCAAUAGGGUAGUUGCCCUUGUGUACUUGGAGACAGUAGCAAGGUAUAUGAAGUUCAUCCAGGAGAAUGUGCAAUAUAUUCCUUUGGUUUUAGCUGCCUUUCUUGAUGAAAGUGGUAUACACCAUCCAAACAUCUAUGUGAGUCGCAGGGCCAGUUAUCUGUUCAUGAGGAUUGUUAAAUUGCUGAAAUCAAAGCUUGUGCCUUUCAUAGAGACAAUUUUGCAGAGCCUGCAAGACAUAGUUGCUCGAUUUACAAGUAUGAGUUUUGCAUCAAAGGAACCUACAGGAUCUGAAGAUGGUGCUCAUAUUUUGAGGUAUUUAUCAAAUUCUUAUGCAAUUGGUCUAUUGAUUGGAAUGGAAGAUGUCCCGCUGGAAAAGCAAUCCGAUUAUCUCUCUUCAUUGCUCACUCCUCUUUGUCAACAGGUUGAGGCAUCACUAAUGAAUUCAAAAGUGUUGAAUCAGGAAGAAUCUACUGUACAAAUUGCUAAUCUCCAGCAAAUAAUUGUGGCAAUUAAUGCUCUAAGCAAGGGUUUCAGUGAGCGCCUUGUAACUUCUAGUCGCCCUGCAAUUGGUCACAUGUUUAAGCAGACAUUGGAUGUUCUUCUCCAAAUUCUUGUUGUAUUUCCAAAGGUAGAGCCUUUGAGGACUAAGGUUUUAUCAUUCAUACACCGUAUGGUGGAGACCUUAGGAGCAUCUGUGUUUCCUUAUCUUCCGAAGGCAUUGGAGCAGUUACUUGCAGAAAGUGAGCCAAAGGAAAUGGCUGGUUUCCUCGUACUGCUCAAUCAACUUAUGUGCAAAUUCAACACCUUGGUCCGUGAAAUAUUGGAAGAAGUAUUUCCUACUAUUGCUGGUAGAGUAUUUAGUGCCAUCCAAAGGGUUGCUGAUUCUUCAGGACCUGAAACCAACACAGAGGAAAUUCGGGAACUGCAAGAACUUCAAAAGACAUUAUAUACUUUUCUUCACGUGAUAGCCACACAUGAUCUCUCUUCCGUUUUCCUUUCCCCCAGAAACCGGGACUACUUGAAUUCAAUUAUGCAGUUGCUAUUACAUACAUCUUGCCACCAUAAGGAUAUAGUUACAAGAAAGGCUUGUGUACAGAUAUUUGUCAAAUUAAUUAAAGACUGGUGUGCCAGUUCUUCUGGCGAAGAAAGGGUGCCUGGUUUCAAAAGUUUUAUCAUAGAGACCUUUGCCACAAACUGUUGUUUGUACAGCGUGCUUGACAAAUCCUUUGAGUUUGGUGAUGCAAAUACUCUUGUUUUAUUUGGAGAAAUAGUGUUGGCUCAGAAGGUGAUGUAUGAGAAGUUUGGGGAUGAUUUUCUUGUUCAUUUCGUAUCAAAAGGACUUCCAUCUGCGCACUGUCCACAAAAUCUGGCGGAGCAGUAUUGCCAAAAGUUGAAGGGUAGCGACCUGAAGGCACUGAGAUCAUUUUACCAGUCACUUGUCGAACAUUUACGACACCAACAGAACGGAAGCCUUGUUUUCAGAUAGCAUCAGGCAAAUGAUUAUUAUUGGGGCUAUCCAUCUAUACACACAUUGUUUCCCACCAAAGGUUGUUUCUAUGUGUAAAUAUCAAAUGUGUCGUGUUGCUUAUUCCAUGGACAAAGAGGUAUUUUCCUUCUAAAGUUGCUCAGAUACCCAUCCUGGUGAGAGUUUUUGUGAGAGCUCUUCAUAGUUUUCCUUUUUUUUGAACACAAAUUUGUUCUUUUGAUUAUUACCCGAACGACAACGUAAACCAACAACAACAAAAAAAGCCAAUUAGGUUUUGAGUUAAUGACGAUCUCCUGGAAAUCACGAGAG